AUGAAGGGCAACAACGCCCUCACAAAAGAGCAACUAGGCCAAUCAAAAUUUGGUCAAAUUUCGGCCGAAAUUUUAAAAACGACCGAAAUUCGCCAUCUCGGCCUAGGGCGAGAAAAAUCACAAAACGAAAAUCAAAACGCUGGCCCAGGCGCCUUGGGUGGACUCAGUGAGCAAGUGGUUUCAAGAUUGCGUAGGAGUCUUGUGUUGCUCGCCUCAUUCCAUGGUCAUACCAAGUUAGGGGAAUACACAGGCAUAUGCAUCGAAACCUCACGUCCUGAUGCUACAAGUUUCCUGACAUCAAGACGUUUGAUUCCACUUACGUGGCCUACAAGGGAGAUCACUGAAAAUUUAACGAUUCAAGUACGCCUUCCGCAUGGUCGGAUUGUCAGUGGCUGGAUAGAGCAUCCUGGGAGAUAUGUUGAUUUUUUCAUCGUCAACGCCAAGGACUUGUCUGGUUCUGAUGCCGUGCCUAUAAGCCUUGACUGUGACAUGCAGUUUGAGCCUUAUAGGAAGGUAGCAGCUGUAUGGCGCGAUUUCAGUUCAGGAGUUUUAAGGGCCACAAGCGGAGUAGAUCUUGCCUCUCUAAGCGCUCUAACCAGUGAGACAAUGUUAAGCACAUGCCGGAUCAACAAGGCUGGAAUUGGAGGCCCCCUUGUUGAUUUUGAUGGUAACUUUGUUGGGAUGAACUGCUCUCGUACCAGAAUGAAAAAGACCCCCUACGUGCGAAGGGAGCAAAUUCUUCAAUUCUUGCGGUAUCACCGGAUGGUCUGUGUUAGAGCUAAGGAAGGGAUUGAUGAUGCUGAAGAAGCGGGAAUCGAAAGUGAGAUGAAACAACUAUUUUGCAGUAUUCCCUCUAUCCCAAAAUAAAUGUCUCAACUUUAUACUAACUUUAGUAUAAAAUUGUAUUAAAGUUGAGACACUUAUUUUUGGACGGAGGAAGUAGGACAUUCACCGUAAGUCCAGCAUAAGGCAGCCCCUGUACCCAAGAG